AUGUCUCAGAUUACAGUCAACGGAUCAAAACUUUUGGACGGCAAAGCAAAUUCAAACAUCUUGGCGAAUGACACUAUUCAGUCUCAAUAUACCAGUGAUAAAUACAGAUACCGCAAACUAUAUGAACUAGCUAUCAAAUUAUAUCUCAAUCGAAAUUUUGACAAAGCCUGGUCACUGAUCGCCCCAAUUGUGGACAAUCUACCUGAAACUAGCUAUGACAGAAAUGAGAUCGAAAAGCCGCUUCUCGUGAAAAUAUACAAACUCUAUCUGUCGCUGAUCGAUUUGAAACUCAAAAGAGAGACGAGAGAUUCUCAUGACCUGGUGAAGUCCCAAUACUCCGAACGCCUUCAGCAGGGAGAUCUAUUCAUACAAAUUCGAAAUAUUUACAAUGAAGAAUACGACUGCAUAGAUCCUGAAUUAUUACUACUGUGCUUUAUAGUCGAGCUUUCGAACGGAUUUCCUUUGAUUGAACUGAGAGCCCAAUUGGAAUUGUACCUAACUUUCAAUGGUAUCCUUUCAGACGAAGUCAAUCAAACAGUAAGGUCGUCAGGAAUGAUGAAAAUUGCCGAGUUUUACCUGCUACAUAUCCUCCCUAAAUUUAAUGAGUUUAAGAGAUCCGAAAAGCUCAUAAGGCGGAUCUUUGCCGAGGAUGAUUAUCAAAGAGACCAUUGUCUUUCGAUGCUGAAUCAAGUGGUAACCAACUUCAAGGCAGGCGACAAAAAAGCAACAUCAACUGACUGUAAUGAAGAAAGGCUCAAGACUCGCAAAAGGAGACGUGGCAAGAGGAUUGAACAACAUCUCGACGAUAAUUCCCAGAUGAUUGCAGAUGAGAAAAAUGGUAUUUAUCGAAUUUUGAAGAGUGCACUGUCAAUGCAUGGAUUACGCGAUUUCAAGAAAGUUUUCAUUCAAGGAACCUUUUUGAUGUUUAUUCUGAGUAUCAUUGUACUUUUCUAUCAGAAGUACUCCCAAGUUAGAGGUCGUUUGUUAUGGUUCUUAAUUAAAGUCAGACAGACACUGGGUAUGGCACUGAAAAUCACUUAUAUAUAG